CGCACUUGAACUUGGUGGUUUUAAAGCCAUGACGGCUAUCCCACAAUCCAUCUCCAUCCGCCAUCUUUGUAUUAUUUCUAAUUUAUUUUAUGUCAAGCCAUUGAUGAAGAUAUUUUCUCUGGAGUCUCCUUCUUCCCGCUCCCGAUGUGACCGAGCAUGUCUCGCCGCAAGCAGGGCAACCCUCAGCACUUGAGCAAACGGGAAUUUUCACCUGAUUCCCUCGAAGCCAUUCUCACGGAUGAAGAAGAGGAACAUGGCACCUUGGGAGCUCCUGAGGGUGACCACGACCUCCUUACCUGUGGCCAGUGUCAGAUGAAUUUCCCACUGGGGGACAUUCUAAUGUUUAUUGAGCACAAAAGGAAGCAAUGCAAUGGCGGCCUCUGUCUGGACAAAGCUGUGGAUAAGCCACCGUCGCCUUCUCCCAGUGAACUCAAAAAGGCAUCCACACCUGUUGAGGUUGGCAUCCAGGUCACACCAGACGAUGACGAUUGUCUCUCUACAUCAUCCAAGGGAGUUUGCCCCAAACAGGAAAGCACAGCAACAGGGAAGGAUGAGCCGAGCAGUUACACUUGCACAACUUGCAAACAGCCAUUCAACAGCGCAUGGUUUCUCCUGCAACAUGCCCAGAACACCCAUGGAUUCCGAAUUUAUUUGGAGACUGAGCAUGGAAGUCCCUUGACCCCACGGGUUGGCAUUCCUUCAGGACUUGGGGCAGAUUGUGGCCCUCAACCCCCACUUCACGGACUUCACGUAGCAGAUAAUAGUCCUUUCAACCUGCUGAGAAUGUCUGGGCCUGUCUCUCGGGAAACACCAGGGCUUGUAGAAGGCCGCUUUCCCCCUACGCCUCCAUUGUUUAGCCCUCCACCCCGGCAUCACCUAGACCCUCAUCGAAUGGAUCGGCUGAGUGCUGAGGAGAUGGCAUUGGCGGCAGCACAUCAUAACAGUGCCUUUGACAGGGUACUGCGUCUUAACUCCAUACCUAUUGAGCCACCGUCAAUGGAUUUCUCUAGGAGACUUAGGGAAUUAGCUGGCAACACCUCCACUCCUCCAUUGUCACCGAACCGGCCUAGUCCUAUGCAAAGGCUAUUGCAACCAUUCCAAUCAAGUAACAAGUCCCCAUUUCUCAGCACACCGCCCCUCCCACCCCUCCAGUCCACAGCGCCUCCUGCCCAGAGUGUGCUCAAGUCCAAGUCCUGUGAAUUCUGUGGGAAAACCUUUAAGUUUCAGAGCAACUUGAUAGUGCACCGCCGAAGCCACACUGGUGAGAAGCCAUACAAGUGCCACCUAUGUGAUCACGCCUGCACUCAGGCCAGCAAAUUAAAGAGGCACAUGAAAACACACCUGCACAAGUCAUCACCCAUGACAGUCAAGUCAGAUGAUGGACUCUCCACUGCAAGCUCUCCUGAACCUGGUACUAGUGACCUUGUUGGCAGUGCCAGCAGUGCUCUCAAGUCUGUGGUAGCCAAGUACAAGAGUGAAACUGAUGCCAAUAUGAUUCCAGAAAACGGGGAGGAAGAAGAGGAGGAAGAGGAAGAGGAAGAAGAGGAGGAGGAGGAGGAGGAGGAAGAGGAGGAGCCUGAGAAUGAAAAUAGGUCUGAAUUUGCCUUUGGUGUCAGUCUUGAGGGCGGGCGUCAUCAUGAGAACAGCUCAAGGUCUGUGGAGGAGAAGAGCUCGCUACCUGAAGUGAUGCACAGCAUUGCCAUGAAUACCAUGCAGCACUAUGGUGAGGCCUUCCAUCAAGUCCUUGUUGAAAAACACAAGCGGACUCAUCACUCCUCUGAAGCAGAAGUUCACAGAGACACUUAUGACGAAGACUCGGUCGCUGGUGAAUCUGAUCGCACAGAUGAUGGUACAGUCAAUGGGAGAGGUUCCUCACCAGGUGAAUCAGCUUCUGGGGGCAUAUCGAAAAAGCCUAUAUUGGGUAGCCCCACGUCCCUCAGCCCUUUUUCCAAACGUAUUAAGCUUGAGAAAGACUUUGACCUGCCCUCAGCACCUUUGGCUCCCACAGAUAACGUUUACUCACAGUGGCUUGCUGGUUAUGCUGCCUCACGGCAGAUGAAAGACCCAUUCCUCAGCUUUGGAGACUCCAGACAAUCGCCUUUUGCAACUUCAUCUGAGCACUCUUCAGAAAAUGGAAGUUUACGCUUUUCCACUCCCCCAGGAGAGAUGGACGGUGGGAUCUCAGGUCGGAGUGGCACAGGGAGUGGUGGCAGCACGCCCCACAUCACUGGACCUGGCCCGGGACGGCCCAGCUCCAAAGAGGGCAAGCGAAGUGACACGUGUGAAUUUUGCGGCAAAAUCUUCAAGAACUGCAGCAAUCUCACAGUCCACCGGAGAAGCCACACGGGCGAGAGACCGUACAAAUGUGACCUGUGCAACUACGCCUGUGCCCAGAGUAGCAAGCUUACGCGACACAUGAAAACGCACGGUCAGGUGGGGAAAGACGUUUACAAAUGUGAAAUUUGUCAGAUGCCUUUUAGCGUGUAUAGUACCCUCGAGAAACACAUGAAAAAAUGGCACAGUGAGCGCUUGUUAAAUAAUGAUAUAAAAACUGAUUAGGUGUAUUGAUGCUCAAGUUCCCUAUAGCUUUUUCUAUUCUCUUGUGAUCAAAACCAAGUGGAAGCUGAGGACGUAAGGAACAUGUGCUUGAUGCCAGUACAACUGGUUUAAUGUCACUGAUGAAUGCAUGAUUUGUAUCGGGGCAAUACUAUUGCAUUUACGCAAACUCGAGCCUUUCUCUUGUGCAAUAAUUUACGUGUUGUGUAUGUUUUUUUUCUUUUAGACAGCAUGUAUGGUAUGUUCGGCAAUUUAAUUCUGUCCUCGGUUAGUGCUGAGUAACCACCCUUUGUCCUUUCUUUGGUUUUUGAAAGAAGACUACCAUGCUGCAUUGUGUCCUGUAACACACAUCAUGUAUAGUUUGGGUCGUAACACAGAGAGGGAAGACAAAAAUGGGGGAUUCCCCCCCUCCUCCCCCAAAUAUAUUCCUUUAUUUAACCCUCUAUGGACAGGCUAGAAUUCGCACUGUUAAAGCCGUCUUUUUUUUAAAAGGAAAAUCUGUCUUGAAAUGUUAAUAUAUUAAAUUAGAACAUAAGAACAAUUGUUGGCCUUGACUUUUGGCAAAGGAAAAAAAAAUGAAGAUGGUAAUUGGGUGAAUGCCAUUGUUUGGUUAAAGGAAAAAAGAAUAAUCUGAGUGCCUUGGAUCUUUUGAAACUGUAUUGGUUUUCUUUCUGUUCUUCUGUUAAGUCCUGGAGGAGUAGCCUUGGGUUUGUGUUGACCCAAGUGAUGCUUCUACAUCAUGCACUUGAUAGUUUUGGCUACCAGUGAGUUAACCAAUACUCAAUAUAUAAAUAAAAUGAAAGUAACAAAAUAGUAGGAACAAAGGAGGAAAAUAUCUUGACAAUUCCAUUAAUCUCACAGCACCUAUCUGUGAUCCGUAAAGUCAUGCUUGGUUCAUGCACCACACAGUAGUUGUUUAAACAUAAAGAUGAUACAUUAAUACUCCUUCCAGCCCCUCCACCCACCCCUAGCUUGUAUUUUAAUCGCACUUGACUCCGCUUGUGACUUCUAUGCCCUUUCUUUAAUCAGGGGUACAGAGGCUGAGCAAAAAGACAAAAGGAUAAAAGACAGCUUGGAUAGGACAAUUAAGUGCACUGUACAAUUUUCCCAGUUUACAAACAUAUAAUUAAGGGGAAAAAAAUCCUAAAAUACUAAGGAAUGAAAAAUGAACGGAUUGUUUAGUGUCAAUUUGCCAGUCAUUGACUAGAAUAGUGCACCUGGCUAAAUUUAAAAAGAAUAUAAAAUGUAAAGCAACACGAUAUAACAGCAUGUCUCCUCAGCGGAUGAUAAUGGGACUGCAGUCAAUUAGAAUAAAUAAUCUCACUACUACAGUGCAAGAAUUUUUGUACAGAUUUUUUAAGUAUAAAUGGUAAGAUUUUUUUUUAAAAAAACACUUCAUUAAGUUAGGGAGAAGUAUAUUUUAGGGUUUCAGUGUCUUGGUGGUUGUCAAGACUUAUACAUGUUAUACAGUUAGUGGAUACUCUGCCUUGGGUACACAGCUCUUCAGGUUGUAUAAACUUGCAUUGGGAAAGGUUUAAGAUUAUAUAUAUAUAUUAUAUAUAUAUAUAGUACUUAACUAUAGGAAAUGCACACAUGUUGAUUCCUAUGCUAAACACAUUUAUGGUCUCUACUUUUCUGUAUUUCUAGAAUGGUUAUUUGAAAUAAAUGUUCACCUAGUGUAGGCACUAUAGUAUUUAUAUUGAAGCUUGUAUUUUUAACUGUUGCUUGUUCUUUAAAGGUAUCAAUGUACCUUUUUUUGGUAGUGGAAAAAAAACAGGCUGCCACAGUAUAUUUUUUUAAUUUGGCAGGAUAAUAUAGUGCGAAUUAUUUGUAUGUUUCAACAAAAAAACAAACAAACAAAAAAAGAAUACGCCCGUGACAUUGUACAGAUAAGAGGUCGUAUAACGGCUGCUUGGGGAAACUUUAGAACGUCGCGCCAAUGGUCAAAGUGGAUGGUUGUACAUAUCUUUCCCUUCCUGCUGCCAUACUGUAUACAGUACUGCAAGCUAAUGUUUGUUCUGUAGUGUGCUUCUGUCUCCUAACCUCUCACCUACUACAUUCCAGCAUCUAACUUCAUAUGCAGUAAAUUAAAUGUUUGCAGUUUUUUCAUUGCCAAAAACUAAAUGGUGCUUUAUAUUUAGAUUGGGAAAAUUUCAUAUGCAAAGCAUAUUAAAGCCGCUUGAGUCAAUACUUUUUUGUAAAUGGCAAUGCAGAAUAUUUUGUUAUCGGCCUUUUCUAUUCCUGUAAUAAAAGCUGUUGUUGUAACUUGACAUUUAUCUUUUACUAUGGGAUUCACUAUUUAUUAUUGCUUAUGUGCGCUGUUUAAAACAGAUGCACUAAAUUGAUCUUUUUUUUCAUUUUAUUUUUUAUUUUUUUUGUUUAGAUGACCAAAGGUCAUUACAACCUGGCUUUUAUUGUAUUUGUUUCUGGUCUUUGUUAAGUUCAGGAGUCUAUUGGAAACCACUGUCUGUGUUUUGGCAGUUGUCUGCAUUAUCCUGUUCACAUGCCCAUUUUGUCCCUUUAUGAAAAAAAUUAAUAAAAAAUUUAAAGCUAA